AUGGCUCAGGAAGGCCAGAUAAAUAAGCCAGCGUUGGGGUUGCAUGCAUUGAGCAGUUCCCCUCAGCGGCUCAGCCAUUUUCGGCUUCAGCAAGGGGGGAGGCAGGCUCCACCCACCGACGCAGGUCCCCCCCUCCCUACUUCCCAGCUCUUCCCCGUCAUGUUCCGCUUCGUCAUGAAUCGUGAUCGGCAGCAGCAUCAGCAGCAGCAGCAGCAGCAGCAGCAGGAGCAUGUCGCGGCGCGUUUGCCUCGCAACGGUCAAGGGGACGUGGCCGUUAACUGUUCGUCACCGCAUCAUGCGCCGUAUUCCCCGAGAACCAACGCGCAGCAGCAACCAUCUUCCGCCAACGGCUCGAGACCCCUUCAACAGCCUUUGGCGGAGCCGUCGCAGCGCGGUUAUGCGACCGGCGGCGGCGAAUACGGCCGCGACAGUCACCAUUCGCCGCAGCGCAACCAGUCGUCGCACCAGCCGUCGUCGCAGCCGUCGCACAAGAAUCGCAGCCCGAUCGCGCGCUCUCGCCACGACGCGUCCCGCUUUCCCGACGACGCGCAACCCUCUGCACUCCCGGACCUCGCGGACCCCGACUCCGCGCCCGCCGGCCGUCCGCUGCCCUUCUUCUUCCCCAUGCGCCCCUCCGCGCGCGCCUCCUCUCCGCCUGACGGGCAGGAGCGGGGAAGAGGCGGAAGGGAAGGGGAACGAAUGGGUAUGCUCGACAUGUCGCUAGGCCUCACCUCCUCCCCCUCGCGCUCCCUGCUCCGCUUGCCCUCUGCCUCUGCCUCUGCCUCUGCCGCUGCUGCCGCUGCUGCUGGUGGUGCUGGUAGCGGCUCCCAUGCGGCAGCUCAUGAUGCCACUGUUGGUUCUCCCCGUUCCUACGCUGCUACUCACGGUGCUGCUGGUGGUACUGCGGAUGGAGGCGCGGCAGGUGGGGCGGUGGAGAAGGCGGACCUGCGGCUGGAGGAGUUCAUGGUGCAGCACGACAUGGAGAACUGCUACAUGUGGGCCUUCCGCGUGCGCCCGCACAACGCGCUCGGCAAGAUGCAGCUGCGCUCCUACAUGAACGGCCACUCCCGGUUUGGAGAGCCGCAGUUCCCGUUCAGCGCGGAGAAGGGCUUUGUGCGGUCGCACCGCAUGCAGCGCAAGCGGUACAAGGGGCUGUCCAACCCGCAGUGCAUUCACGGCGUGCAGUUCCUGCGCACUCCCGACCUCUCCUGCGUGCCCCCGCACGAGCGCCAGCGCUGGAUCGACCUCACAGGCCGCGAGUGGGGCUUUGUGUUGACCAACGAAGCGGACGAGUUCAGUGACUGGCGCAUCUCCUCCCUCUCCCAAGACACCACCACUGCCACCGCUGCUGCCUCUUCUGGGGCUGCCGGCACUGCUGCUGCCUCUGGCGCUGCUGCUACUACCUCUGCUGUUUCGGCACCGGAGCAAGAGGACUCGCAGUCGCACCAGUCGCUGUCUGAGGGAGGAGGCGGAGCAAAGGGCAGGGAGGAGAUGGAGGUGGAGGUAUCAAAGGAGGGGUCACCCCAGGAGCAGUCGGAGGAGCAGAUUGUGCAGCCGCCCUACUGGCUCUCGGAGUGCUACGGCGUGCUCACCCAGGUGUCCGGCCCUGUGACAUGUGCCAAGACACUGUACGAGGAUGCCACGUCAUUCCUUAUCCUCGUCAGCCUGCCCUUUGCUGACCUGUCCAAGCUCCGGGUGACGUGGCGCAACUCCCUCUCGCAUGGCAUUGUCAAGGUGCAAUGUGCCUCCUCCAUGCGCCAGCCCACCCUGAUCCGCUGGAACCGCGCCUUCCAUCUCACCGACGCGCACCCAGAGCACUGCCCCCCGGGAGAGUUCGUGCGCGAGAUAGUGCUGCCCUCCAGGAUCCCCGACAGCGCAGAUGUCAAGGCUUUCUUCUCGGACAGCGGUGGGGGCGUGGAGAUUCUGGUGCCUAAGCUGGUGCCUGUAAGCCAGUAUCAUGAGAGGGAGGUGCGGGUGUUUCUGCCUCCCAAGACCGCAAGCUGA